AUGCGCCUUGUAUCCGUGCAGCCAAAUCUUUUGAACACAGUUCUCUUUCGAGAAUCCACUAGUGGGUCGCCCGUCUACAUGAUCUCAUCGCCAGGAUCGGGAUCAAAGACUGUGAUCAACAAGCACUCCGAAGCCAAAGGUGAUAAACCUCACGAGGGCACUACCGAUCUCGAUGUCAUAGCCACCAUCACUUGGGAGAAAGACUCGCUAAGAGUCGACUACGACGGGAAGUCUCGAGAUGGAGAGGCAUUGUUUGCGCUUGCGUUUGCAGGAGAAUGGAGGUUCAAAACACCAAGCGGUGUCAGUUUCGUCUGGGAACCUCUGGACAAAGGAGAAUGGAAGCUUGUCCGUCCUCUCAAGCACGGCGAGUCAUCGCGACCAACUGUUGCGCACUGGCAUCGUCUCUCCGGCCUACGCGCGCUGAUGAAGCGCAAUGCAUACUUGGAUAUUGACCACAACAACAUAGACAAGGCGGACAUCGACUACAUCCUUGUGACGCUCGUGUAUCUCGUGCGGCGAGAUGAGCAAGGGUUGGCCCCAUUAGAAUACGACUCUCAAGUACGGCAGCCUCCGCCUAAGGGAAUGGAUGGGGACAUUGCGCCAGGUACUGGUUUGGGCUUCUAUCAGGGGCGGGGAGAAGGGCGCCAUGUUGAGCCGGAGGUCGAGAGGAACGAAGAGGCGGCCGAACGGGAGGAAGGUGGGGGUGACUUCGACGUCGAUACUGAGACUGGCGCCGAUGGAGGAGACGGAGACGGAGGCGGGGGUGGCGAUUGA